UACCGGGAAUCAAACUCACGACCUUGCGCUUGCCAGGCAGGCGCUUUGCCCCUUGAGCUAAAUCCCCAGCCCCCCAACGCACUUAGGAUAAAACUGAAACUUCUCACCACAGCCUAAAAGUCCCCACGCUGACUCAAACUCCUACCCAUAGGGCCUUUGCAUUGCUGUUCCUUAAGGCACUAAGGUGGCCCUCUUCCUGGUGGUCUCCUUCCCGCCCUGCAGGAGUCAAUCCCAACAUCAGCUCCUUGACGGGGGAUGCCCACCCACCUUCUCCUCGCUUAUCACUUUCCCAGUGUCUUCACAGCCCUCAGUGUUCCUCUGAAAUUACUGGAUUCAAGAAUUUUCCCAUGACCCUCUGGACUCUAAGCUGCUGAGGCAAUGAACUUCAUGGUCUUGCUUAACCAUGAUAGACCCCAGAACAGAAGGAGCUCAGGAAGUAGUGGAAGAAGGGAAGGAUGGGACUUGAGAUAUUAAAGGGACCUGCCCAGGUCACACAGCAACAGAACUGAGCACCGGCCAGGACAAUCGGACCUCAAACCUGGCAGCUUAAUCCUGGGGCCAUACUGGUUAAGGGUUUGGCUGCCAGCGCUGGCCUUCCUGCUCCACUAAUUUACUGUGUGUCCUUGGGCAAGAAGGCAUUGAACUUCUCUGAGCCUGUUUCCAUCUGAGAAUGUAAAAGAGUGUCCCUCUAGUGGAUUAAAGAAAAUACUGCAGGUAGAGCACAUGGCGGGAUUACUUAAUACAGUACUGUAAUUGUAGUAACUAUGGUUAUUGUCACCUGCCCUGGGCCCUUCCUAUUUUGAGAACCUAGAAAGAGUGGCCCUUGACUUGGCUUCCUCCCUAAGAUGGGCACCUGAGUAUGCCAAGCACGGGUCCCCCCACUGGUCAGGCAGGUUUGGGGAAAGGCAGGCAGAGGGUGGAGCUCUGAUAGGGCUGGUCAGGGCUAAUUAGAGGGAACUGGGAGAGGGGCUGGGCAGACACUCAGCCUGCAGAUCCCCAGGACACCACAGGUGUGGGAGUGAAGCCAUGGGCCGUGGCUUAAACUCUGCCAGACUCAGGCGCCAGAAACGGCGCUUGCGACCUCGGGUCCAAGAGUCCAGGCAGCAGGUUGAGCGGCUGCAGCAGGAGAACCAUGAGCUCCGCCGUGGCCUGGCAGCCCGGGGCGCAGAGUGGGAGGCCAGGGCUGUGGAGCUGGAGGGCGACGUGGCAGCUCUGCGGGCGCAGCUGGGGGAGCAGCUCUCAGAGCAACAGGACAGCGGGCGAGAGCGGGCUCGGGCCCUUGGCGAGCUCAGUGAGCAGAACCUCCGGCUCAGCCAGCAGCUGGCCCAGGCCUCUCAGACUGAGCAGGAGCUUCAGAGAGAAGUGGAUUCACUUCGGGCCCAGUGCCAGGCUCAGGCCCUGGCCGGAGCGGAGCUGAGGACACAGCUAGAGAGUCUACAGGGGGAGAACCAGAUGCUGCAGAGCCGCCGGCAUGACCUGGAGGUCCAGAUUCGAGGCCUGAAUGAGGAGGUGGACAAGAGCCAGGGCAGACUACAGACCACCCACGAGGAGCUGCUGCUGCUGAGGAGGGAGAGGAGGGAGCACAGCCUAGAGCUGGAACGCGCGCGCUUUGAGGCUGGCGAGGCUCUGAGCGCGCUGCGAAGGCUGCAGCGGCGAGUCUCAGAGCUGGAGGAAGAAUCACGCCUCCAGGAUGCCAAUGUGUCCAGUGCCUCACUGCAGUCGGAGCUCGCCCACAGCCUGGACGGUGACCGAGACCAGGAGCAGGAUGCCAAUGCAGGCAGAGACACCCAGACCACCCUGUCCCCGGAGACCCCAGAGGCUUCCAGCCUCCAGCCUUCACCCCAGGUGGAUAGCUUGGAGCCCCCCAGGAAGCGAGCACCCCUGAGCCCAGCGGAGAUCCUGGAGGAGAAAGAGACGGAAGUAGCCAGGCUGCAGGAUAAGAUUGCACUGCAGCAGGCAGAGCUGCAGACCCUGCGGGAGGAGCUGCAAAGGCAGAAGGAGCUACGGGCACAGGAAGACUCAGAGGAGACCCUGAGCAGCGCACUCUCGGACCGCGAUGAAGCCGUGAACAAGGCCCUAGAACUGUCCCUGGAGCUUGGCCGCGUCUCUCUGGAGCGGGACUCCCUCUCCCGCGAGCUGCUGCGCACCAUCCGCCAGAAGGUGGCGCUAACGCAGGAGCUGGAAGCCUGGCAGGACGACAUGCAGGUGGUGAUUGGGCAGCAGCUGCGCUCACAACGCCAGAAGGAGCUGAGCGCCGCAGCAUCGGCCCCAAGCCGCGCCUCCACUCGCUUCUCCAUGCGCUUGGGCGCCGGGCCGGCCGGCAGCUUCCUCAGUAACCUCUUCCGAAGGACCUGACAGCCGCCGAGGGGGGAUUCUAACCCACGGUGGCACUUACUUUCCUCUAAUGGUCAAUGGAGCUACAAGGCCCGGAUCUCCACGCGGGACCAGUGCCCUCCCACGCCCCCAAAGCUGGGCCGGGCUCUUCCGGGGCAAGGGCCAGCUUUGGGGCCGGGGCCAGGGGCCAGGGGCCAGGGUCGGUGGCAGGGCAGAGCUGUCUAUUCUUCGCAUCUGAAUAGGUCUGUCUUUUUUUUUGGGGGGGGGGUGCGGGGCGGUACCAGGGAUCGAACUCAGGAACUUGCGCUUGCCAGACAGGUGCUUAUGCCACUGAGCUAUAUCCCCAGCCCUAGUCUGUCUGCUCUAACUAACCCCCCUGCUCUGGCCCGCUCCAGGGCAGAGGAGGGGGGAGUAUUUAUGUAUCAAAAUUGGACAGAGUAAUAUAUAAAUCACUACAUGGC